AAAACGCAGCGUUUUGGUUGAAACCCGCCAGGCAAAACGGUGUAGUCCUACUGCACUCGUUGGCUUUCCAUUUUCAUCCCUCAAACUCUGAGCGCGCAAUCCAGAGCGACCAAGUGAGCAGGAUGGCGGCUGUUUUGCAGUCCGUGGCAACAUGUUCAGGUUUGAUUCAUCAUCCAGGUAGUGCUAAACUACCAUUUGGGAAUAAGGGGACCAAGAUUACUAAUCACAGUGCCGUUUCAGUAACAUGUAGAAGGACUCGUAGAGCAGGGAUUCAAUGUUUGGCUGUACAUCGGGUUGGCACCACAUAUGCUGCGUCUGUGGGAAAGGAUCAUCAGCAGUUGAGUAUUGAUGAUGGAGUACCUCAGGAGCCCUUCCUUCUGAGUCUUUUCAAAGAAAUAGUGUGGUCUUUGAGAUCAUUAUUCAUUUUUCUGCUUGAGCAGCCAAGUCAGCUGAAGUACAUUGAAUGGCCAGGUUUCCGUAGUACGCUGAAGACUGCGAUUCUCACUCUUGUUCUUGUGGCAUUGCUCAUUGUAGCACUUUCAUCAACUGACUCUGCCCUCAGCUAUUUGUUGGCUUUGAUUCUCAGGAGUAAACCAUAAUAAAAUAUUAUUACGAGAGGUAUGAACAAGAUCAUCUGUCGGAGAUGUAACUUUUUCAUGCCUUUGUUACUUUCAUGCAACAUUAGAAAUAGCUGCCUCCUUUGAAGUGUUAGUUAUCUGUUAUUUAAACAACAGCCUAGUCAAAUGAUGCAGAGUACCUUUCCGCAUAUUCUGCACAUAUCAAAUUUGUUCUUGGUUCUUUUACUUUGUGAAUGUGGUUGGAUGAGGAAGUAGAGGUGGGAUUUGGGAUCAAGGUGAGAUUUACUUUCUCAUCUGCUAGAGUGCUUCAUAUGGAAAAUGAAGAUUGGAUUUGGCAAUUUCUUGUGGGAUUUGCAAAAUGGAAUUUGAGAUAUUAUUUUUAACUUCCAUCUAGACAGGUGUUAUUUGAACAUUCCAUUUGAUUGUGAUCUACUCCAACCUGAGACUAGGGUUGUCUUUUGGGUAAAUACCCAUAGCCACAAUAGUAAAGAUAAAUGCUGAUAGAGCCUAGGAUGCCUCUACUCUUAAAGCAGGUGUUGCUGUAAUCAUAAGGAAUUAGCAUGGUUCACUUCUGCUCCGUUGCAGACUUGCAGUAUCUAUCGCUGCUAUAGUUGUCCAGUCGGAUAUGAAGGUGCAGCAGGACAGAACCUUUCAGAAGCAUCGAAACUCAAGCUCAUGCACAUUCAUGUGGAAAGUGACAGCUUGGAUGUAAUUAAUUUACUGAAUAUGAGUAUUGAGAGUUCCACCAUAUUUCUUGAUCCUGGAUCUCAAGAGAAGCUUGCUGUGCAGCAGCAGUGGCCAAACUAGUCAAAGAGAGGUUGUGCACUGUCUAUUGGACCAAUGGGCUUCCAACCUCCUUACAGUUGGUCACUUGGUCGAUUCUCGCAGGCCCCUCAAAAUUGUUUGCCUGCUUUCUUGUGUCAUGGUUUUGCAGUUUAAGCCAGUUGACAGUGUUGUAUAAUUUGGAGUAGUCGUUUUUUUUCUUUCCCCCAGAUGUUUUCCUGGUUGCAACGGGCCAGAGACAGUGUCAUGGUUUUGCAGUUUAAGCCAGUUGACAGUGUCGUAUAAUUUGUAGUCGUCUUCUUUUUUUCCCAGAUGGUUUCCUGGUUGCAACGGGCCAGAGACAUUGGUCAAGGACUCGAGACGUCGUAACGGUCCCUAGAUCCCCUACUUGUACCAAAGUUGGGACUGUAGAGAUUAAUGUCAUUUUCCUGGAUGUUUCUUUUGAUGGAUAUAUGGCUGCAAGGAAAAUGAUGAAAGUGAAAACCAGCGAGAAGAAUAAAGAAAACACACCACAAUUGCUUUCGAGGUUCAGCAAACUUUGCAUUCAUCCUCAUGUGAUUCCUCGAGAGAAUCACAAGCACUAUGAAUAACUGUACAAUAACUUUUUGAAUUCCCUUGCAAGCUAAUCCCCCAAACCCUUACGUCUAUAUCAUCCUUUGGAUGUCUGCCUUCUGUGUAUUUCUACCGCUUUUUGUGCUUGAUUUUUACUCUGUAUACGAUCUGUGACUUCAUGAAAUUAAACAUUUAAACUA